AUGACUAUGAUUGACGCCCAGGUCCAUUUUCUGGAAGAGCGUCUAGUGCUUGUUCAUAUUCCGCUGGAGCUCUAUCCAUAUUUCUUCAAACCAGUCCUGAGACUCAUCUUUGAUGAAAUCGCUCCCUUAGAAGAGUCCGAGAAAGGAGAAGAUGAUGAAAAUGAUGUUGAUGAUGAUGGCCUGCUGCAAGACAUCGAGGAUGCGUCCGACCCAGGGACCGAUUACCGGCAACCUGCAUUCCUAAAUGUCUCCAUCACCCCUGUUGAAGUCUCCGUGAUCUGUCCCCGGCGACUUGCUGAGAAGUACUUCGAGCCCCUGAUGAAUCAGCUAAGCCAGGUCGACACCUCGCUCCGCUCUCGUCUAGACGUGAGUGAGAAUGACUACAUUGCUAUGCAGGUUCUGGGUCAAGGUUUGGAAGCUGGUAAGCGGGUUCUCGAGCUGACUAGUCCGCUGGCCAUGGCAGGAAUCUCCAUUUUCUUCAUCUCGACUUACUUUUCAGACUACAUCAUUGUACCCCUUCACAGCAAGGCAAGCGUGAUUUCUGCUCUCGAAAAUCGUGGCUUUCAGUUUGAAAAUGCCACAGCAGCCUUUGUCACUCCGCUGAGCCCAACAUCUCCAUGUACUGAGCGCAAGCUCAGCGACAUGGUUCCCCCUGUCACUCCCCCGCCCUCAACUCUCGCAGAGCUCCAGACUCGCACAUUUGAAAAUCUCCGCAAGCGCCAAAUACUCCCAUCUGUUGAUGACAGUCUUCGUCUGGUCCAAUGCGCAGCACAUCACCAGUACAACGCCCAAGAAAGCUCCAUGUGCAUCCUACGUGACGCCUUGACAACAGUUCUCCUGGUCGAUGAGCCCCGUUUCCUCUCCCUAACCCUUGCAGCACUAGAUCCGGCAGCCUCACUGCUCUUGGAGAAACGGCUACUGCCUCGCUUUGCCCGCCAGUCCGCAUCCCGAGACUUCGAGGACGGCUCCGGGCUGCUUCUCGGGUCCAAGGAGGAUUACCUGAUUCCGAUUACGCUGGACCUGCGAGAUUUGUCUCUCGAGGCUUCGGGCAUUGUCUGUGGCGUGGCGGGCAGGCUCGCUGAUGCGACAAAUAGCACAGCACGCGGCGGCAGUGGUGAUGCGAGUCGGGUCAGCAGCAACGACGGCGUAAUCGGGUCCGUGCCAAAGCUUUUCGAUACCUUCGGCACUCAGCUGGCUUUCGGUGCACAUAAGAAGUCCACUCUGCAGCAUCAGCUGGCGCCCACGACACACCAUCUCAAGCCUGACGUAGAUCCGUCCGCGGACGCGGUGGAGAUCAGUUUCUUGAGUACAGCACGUGCAGGCACGAUCAUUGUUGGCGAAGACGAACUGCGAAGAGCCAUUGAUGCUUUGGAAGCGGAGAAGGCGCAGGAUUCUCCUGGUGAUCCGGUGAAGAAUGAUUCUCAUAUCCUGACUGCUACGGAAGAUAGCACAAUCUGA